AUGGGUGCCCCUGAGUCCGAAUCCGCCGCUGCCGUCCAGCAGCAAAAUGAAUGGGCCAACGGCUUCUGGGACUGCUUCUCGCCCGCCGGAACCUGCUUCUGGGGCUGCUGUCUCCCCUGCUGUCUCUUCGGCAAAACGCAAUCUCGACUGGACGACCCCCAGCUCAAAGAAUACAGCUACAUGAAUGGCAACUGCUGCCUCUACUACCUCACAGCCCAAGUAGGUUUCCACUGGGUUCUGCUCAUGAUCCGCCGCGGCGAGAUCCGCCAGCGCUUCGGCAUUGAGGGCUCCGGCGUCAACGACUGCUGCGCGUCCUACUGGUGUCCGUGCUGCGUGAUCAUGCAGCAUGAGAAGGAGGUCGAGGCCCAGAGUGAGCGCCCCCAGACGGGGUAUCAGGCUCCCACGGGUAUGGCUUAUGCUCCUCAAUGA